GGUAUGCGCAUUGUGCUGGUCUCUCUGAAGGUUGCAUCAUUACAUAUAAAGUUGGAAUAUUCGCGUCUCUUUUUAAGUUUUUCAUAAAUUUGAAAGGAUAAAACAUAUAAAAUCAAAAUGUUGACCGCUGCAAGGUUGUUAACUCGUAGUUGUAGUAAUAUAACCUACGACAUUACUAGAAAACAACAAUUCAGUACAAUUGUUAAAAAUGCUGCGGUUCCUGCAUUGGCAGUACCCCAACGAUUUACAGAUCUGCAACAAUAUAGAUACAAAUCCGAAGGCGUGAAAGGUGCAGUUAUUGGCAUUGAUCUUGGAACAACAUUUUCAUGUGUAGCAGUUAUGGAAGGAAAACAAGCCAAAGUUAUAGAAAAUGCAGAAGGAUCACGAACAACUCCAUCUUAUGUAGCAUUUACUAAAGAUGAUGAACGUUUAGUUGGUAUGCCAGCUAAACGUCAGGCAGUUACAAAUUCAGCAAACACAUUUUAUGCUACAAAACGAUUAAUUGGACGAAAAUUCGACGACCCUGAAGUAAAAAAGGAUAUGAAAUCUGUGUCUUAUAAAAUUGUUCGAGCUUCUAAUGGAGAUGCAUGGGUACAAGGAGGUGAUGGUAAACUGUAUUCCCCUAGUCAAAUUGGUGCAUUUGUGCUCAUAAAGAUGAAGGAAACUGCAGAAUCGUAUUUAAGUACUCCAGUAAAAAAUGCUGUAAUUACUGUACCUGCAUACUUCAACGAUUCCCAAAGACAGGCUACCAAGGAUGCUGGUCAAAUUUCGGGGCUUAAUGUACUUAGGGUAAUUAAUGAACCAACAGCAGCUGCUCUUGCAUAUGGCAUGGAUAAAACAGAAGAUAAAAUCAUUGCAGUAUAUGAUUUAGGAGGUGGUACUUUUGAUAUUUCAAUUUUGGAAAUCCAAAAAGGAGUCUUUGAAGUUAAAUCCACAAAUGGAGAUACCUUCUUAGGAGGUGAAGACUUUGAUAAUGCAUUAGUUAAUUAUCUUGUAUCAGAAUUUAAAAAAGAGCAAGGCAUAGAUAUAACUAAAGACACAAUGGCAAUGCAAAGGUUAAAGGAAGCAGCUGAGAAGGCAAAGAUUGAAUUGUCUAGUUCUUUACAAACUGAUAUAAAUUUACCUUACUUAACUAUGGACUCUAGUGGACCAAAACAUUUAAACCUCAAGCUUUCAAGAAGUAAAUUUGAAAGUCUUGUUGCUGAUUUAAUUAAACGUACUAUUCAGCCAUGUCAAAAAGCACUUUCUGAUGCUGAAGUAACGAAGUCUGACAUUGGUGAAGUAUUAUUAGUUGGUGGUAUGACAAGAGUACCUAAAGUUCAACAAACUGUACAAGAUAUUUUUGGACGGCAACCAUCCAAGGCAGUAAACCCCGAUGAAGCUGUUGCUGUAGGUGCUGCUGUUCAAGGUGGUGUCCUUGCUGGAGAUGUAACAGAUGUUCUUCUUUUGGACGUUACCCCUCUGUCACUUGGUAUUGAAACACUGGGUGGCGUUUUCACACGAUUAAUUUCUCGAAAUACAACGAUUCCCACCAAAAAGAGUCAAGUAUUCUCUACAGCUGCUGAUGGUCAGACUCAAGUAGAAAUCAAAGUACACCAAGGCGAACGAGAAAUGGCUAGCGACAAUAAACUUUUGGGACAAUUUACUCUUGUUGGAAUUCCACCCGCACCUAGAGGAGUACCACAAAUAGAAGUCACAUUUGACAUUGAUGCCAAUGGCAUUGUUCACGUAUCUGCUAGAGAUAAAGGAACUGGAAAAGAACAACAGAUCGUUAUUCAAUCAAGUGGCGGUCUUAGUAAAGAUGAAAUUGAAAACAUGGUGAAAAAUGCUGAACAAUAUGCUAAGCAAGAUAAAAUAAAAAAAGAAAGAGUUGAAGCUGUGAAUCAAGCUGAGGGAAUUAUUCACGAUACGGAAUCCAAAUUGGAGGAAUUUAAAGCACAAUUGCCACAAGACGAAUGUGACAAACUCAGAGAAUUGGUUGCAAAAAUGCGAGAAACAUUAGCUAAGAAAGACGAUACGGAACCAGAAGAGAUCAAGAGACAGACAAAUGAAUUACAACAAGCUAGUCUUAAAUUGUUUGAAAUGGCGUAUAAGAAAAUGGCCGCAGAACGAGAAGGACAAAGUCAAAAUCAACAUCAGCAACAGGAAGAUGGGCCUGAAAAGAAGGAAGAGAAGAAUUAAUCCAAGAAUUAAAUAUAUACCAAAUUUUCAUUAUGUACGUAAAGUGAAUCUUUGCAAAGAAAUGCUAUACAUAGUACGUUAUUUAUUACGCAUUACAAUUUUGUGAGAAGUAAAAUUGUAAACUCUGUAUAUAACUGCUUGCAUUAUAGCAUUUGUUGCUAUCAUAUUUUGUAUUAUCACAUGCAAAAGAUAAAACGUAAUUUUCAUUGGUUUCAAACACUUGGCCAUAUAUAACAACAGUAAUGAAAAUUGGUAGCUUAAAAAAAUGCGAUUGUAAAUCUAUUGAUUCAGUAUGAAUGUGGGAGAAAAUAGAGAAUGCGAUGAGUGCUCGAUACAAAACAGAUUAUUCCUUAGGAAGUACGCGAUAUGUAGAUUAUUUUAGGUAAUAUUGUAUUAUGAUAUGAUGUUAUUAAAAUUUUUUAUUUGAAACACAGCUCUAGAAUAUAAUUACAAUGUUUUUGAUGUGUUCUCUAAUAAAUUUAUGAAAAAGUAA